AUGGUCACCACUCGGAAAAAGCAAAUGCCGCCCAAGCGUCCUCCCCCUGCCGUACAAGAGAAGGGAAAGGGGCCAGCUGUGUACCCCAAUGGAGAGUAUCUCUGUCAACAAGAGGAGUAUCAUGACAUAAUGGAACAUCAUUUUAUGAUGGGCAUGCUCACACGACCUCAUAUACGAUCCGCUCCGGAAAUAGUCCGUAACGGCUUUAGUCUGCUGGCUCUACGCGUCCAGGGCUGGGCCAUGGCAUGGGGUGAGAGCAAGCCGAUGUACCGUCUCUCCGAUGAUGACAAACGGAUGAUCAUUGCAAGUCUGGAUGGUUUUUGUGUCCAAGAUGACUGGGACAGGAUAUAUUCCUCUCUUCCCCCUGGCGGUCGUGCUGAAUUUGGGAUUGUUUUGUUGGAAACCAUGAUGAAUAAGUUCAUCUAUGAUAAAUUGCCGCCUCUACAUUCUGGAGAUGACAACUUCUGCAAACGACUCGACUAUGUCUAUGAGAGGUUCAAAGCAACAUUGCCCAUAGACGCAGCCUGGUGGAAGUCGACCCUCGUGAGCGUAUGUAUGAUGAGAGCGUCAGAAUGGGUGUCCAAUCCUCCUCCCACACCACUCCUUCAUGCGACACUGGAACGCCGGAAGGCCCUUCUAAAGGCGUAUGGGGACGAACUGCUAGCGAGCCAGCCAUUCCAGCUCUUAUUCCGAGGCUCACUGAGCGAGGAAGAUCAGGCCAUACGUGAAGAAAGAACUCGCGAAGUCCUAGAGGAAGCUGCCCAUCAGUUCACCAGUCUCCAAGGCGAUAUGUUUGGCAAUCUUGUAGUUGAACUACUGCCUGAGCUUCCGACCUUUGAUCGCCAUUCCAAAAACAUGGAUCAUCAUAUCCUUCACGUCGGCUUCAUGCCUCACCAUGGUGCUCGGGUUCUAAUCGUGACACGCCCACACUACAGCUAUCAUGACAUUGUAGCGACCAAUGGUUGGCAAUCUCGGCCUCCUCUCCAGAUCGUUACCGCGAGGGUUCUGACGGCGCCCAAGGGGCCCAAAGCUCGGGCUCGGUGGGCUGCUGCUGGCGAUAAGCCCAUUUAUGUCGCGCAGGGUCACACCAAUACCGCAGAGAAGGAGGGAGUGAACCAAGAGGAAGCUGUUGAUGAGGGUAGUGAUGGUGAAUACAACCCACGGAAGUUGCGGAGGACAUAUUUGCGAGGGGCUGAAGAUGAAUGA